AUGCUUCGCGUUAGCAUACCGUCCGACGCGCUCGCGUGCCGGCCGUUGCGCAGCCUACACAGCACACCCGUCGCCAUCUCCAACCGUAACCUGGGGAUCGCGCCAGUGGGGGACGUAUGGCGGGUGCGCGCGCAGGGUAUUGCGGGGAAUGCGGGGGCGAGUGUAGCGGAGGUGGUCGAGGCGGAGACAGAGGGGAGAGAGGGGGUAGGCGGAGCGGAAGAGGAGAAGGCGGAGAAGCUUCAGUAUGUGCCAUUGCACACGCAUAGUGACUUCAGCCUUCUAGACGGAGCCAGUCAGCUGAAGGGACUGGUCGCACGGGCCAAGGAGCUUAACAUGCCUGGCAUUGCACUCACUGACCAUGGCGUGAUGUAUGGCGCCCUGCAGCUGGUGCGCAUGUGCGAGGCGGAGGGCUUAAAGCCCGUGAUCGGCAACGAGAUGUACCUCGUGCAUGACAAGGGCGCUCCCGCCGCCCUGCUGCAGGCCGCACGGGCCCUCCGGGAGCAGGAGGAGCAGGGAGAGCAGGGGGAGAUGCGGGAGGAGAGAGAGGAGAGUGGGAUGGGAAUGAGGAUGGGAGGGGCGGAAGGGGAAGCGGAUGGGGGAGGAGGACAGGUGGUGCUGGAAAGAGUGGGGGAGGUUGGUGGUUCUGUGAAGGGGAGUGGUAGUGGGGAGGGGGAAAUGGGGCAAGGAUUAGGGGGGGAGGUGGCAGAGGGGCUGGCUGGGGAAGAGCAGGCAGGGGAGGCGGAGGCAGUUGGGGCAGGGAAGGCAGUCAAAGCACCCCCAGUCAAAAGAUACCACCUGACAGUACUGGCCAAGGACAUGGAGGGAUACCGGAACCUGGUGCAGCUCACAUCGAUCUCGCACCUGCAUGGCAUGGUGGGUAAUGGUGCAAGAGGGCGUCCGUGCAUCACAAGGGAGCUGUUGGCGCAUCACAGAAAGGGGCUCGUCGUGUUGAGUGGAUGCAUGUCAGGGGAGGUGCCGCGUGCCAUCAUGGCGGAUCGCAUGGACGAGGCGCGCAGCACAGUUGACUGGUACCAGUCAGUGUUUGGUUCAGACUACUACCUAGAGGUGAUGGACCACGGGCGCAUUGACUUUGGUAGCGGCUACGAUGUCAACGCCAAGAUCAACCGUGCACUGCUGCACCUGUCCCAGCAGACGGGCGUGCCCCUGGUGGCCACCAACGACUCUCACUUCACUCGGGCUGCCGACCACAGGGCGCACCAAACACUCGUCUCUGUCAAGGCUGGGAAGAAUCUUGUCCAAGCAUAUACGGGACAAGAGUACGUGAAGUCGCCAGAGGAAAUGCUGGAGAGUUUGCAGAGGACUCUCCCUGAGGAUCAAGCUUUGGAAGCCCUUCAGAACUCCCUGCGCAUCGCUGAUAAGGUGACCUCCUACUCCGCCGACCUCUUCUCCUCUAAGCCCAAGCUGCCCACCUUUGACGUGCCUCCUGGCCACACCGAUGCUUCAUGGCUUGAGAGUGAGGCGUGGAGGGGGCUGCAGGCUGUGAUGGGCGUGCACACGUGGGAGGCAGUACCGCAGCAGUACAGGGAGCGACUAGACCUGGAACUCAGGAUAGUGGCAGAUAUCAUCCAGUUUGCCCGCAAGAACGACAUUCCUGUGGGCCCAGGAAGGGGGUCAGCAGCGGGAUCCCUGGUGGCAUACGCCCUCGAAAUCAUCUCCAUCGACCCCAUCGAGCAUGGGCUGUACUUCGAGCGCUUUCUGAACGAGGAGAGGCUGGCGCCUCCCGAUAUUGACUCCGAUUUCUGUCCCCUCGGGCGGGAUAAGAUCCUGGCAUACAUUGCAGAGAAGUACGGCGCUCACAGGGUGGCACAGAUUGCAACCUUCAACCGCAUGGGGUCGCGUGCUGUGCUCAAGGACGUGGGGCGCGACAUGCAGAUUCCUUUGAACAUCAUGAACGAGCUUACGAAGCUGGUGCCAGUGGAGAGGGGCAAGGCAGUGCCGGUGGAGCGAGGCAAGGCAGUGUCACUGAAAACCCUCAUGGCGGAAGAUACUCCCUUCAGGAGACGCGUGGAGAGGGACGGAAUGCUGUUGGAGGGCACGAACCGCUCCUUCGGUGUGCAUGCAGCCGGCAUCAUCAUCUCGCCCGCCUGCUUCCCCCUCUCCCAGGUCAGUCAGCUGCACUCUUCCCCCUCUCCCAGGUCAGUCAGCUGCACUCUUCCCCCUCUCCCAGGUCAGUCAGCUGCACUCUUCCCCCUCUCCCAGGUCAGUCAGCUGCACUCUUCCCCCUCUCCCAGGUCAGUCAGCUGCACUCUUCCCCCUCUCCCAGGUCAGUCAGCUGCACUCUUCCCCCUCUCCCAGGUCAGUCAGCUGCACUCUUCCCCCUCUCCCAGGUCAGUCAGCUGCACUCUUCCCCCUCUCCCAGGUCAGUCAGCUGCACUCUUCCCCCUCUCCCAGGUCAGUCAGCUGCACUCUUCCCCCUCUCCCAGGUCAGUCAGCUGCACUCUUCCCCCUCUCCCAGGUCAGUCAGCUGCACUCUUCCCCCUCUCCCAGGUCAGUCAGCUGCACUCUUCCCCCUCUCCCAGGUCAGUCAGCUGCACUCUUCCCCCUCUCCCAGGUCAGUCAGCUGCUCUCUUCCCCCUCUCCCAGGUCAGCUGCUCUCUUCCCCCUCUCCUCGCUCCUCCUCACGCACUCUUCCACUCUCUACAUUCUGUGGUGCCAGUGCAGCACGCACCAGGCAACCCCUCCGCCCUGGUCAGCCAAUACGCCAUGGAUGACGUAGAACGCCUGGGUUUGCUCAAGUUUGACAUUCUCGGCCUCCGCAACCUCACCACGGCCCACCUCGCGCGCCUGCUCGCCCAGCGCACGUACGGCGUGACCCUCCCUGUGAUAGAGAAGCUUCCUGUGGAGAACCGGGCGACAUUUGAGCUGCUGUCAGGGGGCGACGUGGACGGGGUGUUUCAGCUGGAGGCGUCUCCUGGGAUGAAGAAGGUGGUGCGGGCGCUCAAGCCCUCGUGCCUCGCGGACAUCUUCGCCAUUGUCGCACUCUAUCGGCCUGGGCCUGAUGGACAGCUUUUGAGGCGCCUCAAAAGUCGCCUCAAAAGUUUUGAGGCGCCUCAAAAGUCCCUUCAUCCCGACCCAGCCCCCUCGAUCCCUCUGGAUGCGGGUCUAGUCGAUCGAUACAUGAACCGCAAGCACGGACGGGAACCAGUGUCUUUCCAGACCCCCAAGCUGGAGCCCAUCCUGAAGGAGACGUACGGAGUGCUGCUGUACCAGGAGCAGAUCAUGCGCAUGGCACGGGACCUGGCGGGCCCUUUGGAUGCAGGCCUGGUGGACAGAUACAUCAACCGCAAGCACGGACGGGAACCAGUGUCUUUCCAGACCCCCAAGCUGGAACCUAUCCUGAAAGAAACGUAUGGAGUGCUGCUGUACCAGGAGCAGAUCAUGCGCAUGGCACGCGACCUGGCGGGGUACUCCCUGGGGCAGGCGGACAUGCUGAGGCGCGCCAUGGGGAAGAAGAAGCAGGAGGAGAUGGUGGCGCACCACGAGCGAUUCGUGGAGGGCGCCGUGGAGAGAGGCGUUGAGAGGGCCGUGGCAGAGGAUUUGUUUGAACAGAUGGUGAAAUUCUCGCAGUACUGUUUCAACAAGUCCCACAGUGCAGCGUACGGGUAUCUCACAUACGUGACGGCCUUUCUCAAGGCCAACUACCCUCUGCCGUACAUGGCCGCUCUUCUCUCUACCUCCAUGCUCGAACCCCCCACCCUCCGCCGCUACGUCAACUCCUGCCGUGCUGCUCACAUUAAUAUCCUUCCGCCGUCGGUCAACGCAUCGGCUUAUGAUUUCUCUGUGGAGCUUCUUAAAACGGGGAUGGAGGGGGGGGAGGAGCGGGAGGAGGGUUUUGGACAGGUGUCACCGUCGGGCCCUGCCACGUCAGCUGCGGACGGCGGGAUUCGGUUCGGGCUGGCGGGCAUUCGGGACGUCAGCAGGGCGGCGGCGGAGGAGAUCAUCGGGAAGCGGGAGGCGGGCGGCAGGUUUGUCAGUAUUCAGGACCUGGUUGACCGCAUUGACUUGGGCAUGUGGAAGAGACCCACUAUACAUGCCCUUGCCCACUCAGGCGCUCUGGAUUGCUUAAUCCUGAGGGAAGGAGAUGGAGGAGGAGGGGGGUACAGGGGAGGAGAGGGAGGAAGGGUUGGGAGUGAGGGAGUGAUGGGAGAAGUGGGAGAGGGUGACGGGGUGAGAGGGGGAGCGAGAGAGGCGGAGGGGGUGGAAGGAGGAGAGAGAGGGGGGGAUGUGGGAGAGGAGGUGUAUGUGGAUAGGAAAGGGUUGGCGGAGCUGCUAGAAGGGCUGGUGAAGGGGCGAAAGGAGAGGAUCAAAGCAGAGAUUAAGGCUGUUGCCAGGCGGGAGAGAGAGCUGGUGAUGCAGCAGCGGCGAGAGGAGAAGCAGCGGGAGAAGGCUGCAAAGGAGUUGCAGAGGCAACAGGAGAGGCAGGCCCGGGAGGAGAAGAAGGAGCGGGAGAGAGUGGAGAGGGAGAGGAAGAGAGAGCAGCAGAGGAUUGAGAGGGAGCAGAAGAAGCUGCUGCAGGGGAAGGGGAGAGCGAGCAAGGUGGAGGCUGCUGUGGUGUUGGGUGAUGUGCCUCUUGUGGCUGAUGCUGCUGAAAGCAGCAACUAUGCUGGAGCCAGCAGUGGCACCAGCAGUAGCACUGAUAGCUUUGAUCGUGACACCAUCGGCAGCAGCAGCAGCAGCAGCAGCAGCAGCAGCAGCAGCAGCAGCAGCAGCACCACCACCACCACCACCACCACCACCACCACCGGGAGCACUGACAGCACUGUCACCAUCAGCAGCAGCAGCAGUGACACGAGUGACAGCAUCACCCCGACUCCCAGCAGCGUCACUCUCUCCUCCUUGGAUGGUGCAUUUGCUACUAGCACAGGUGUUGAAAAUGCCAACUCACCAGACGAAUCCAGCAGUGCUGCAGCUGCAGGUGCAUCCAACGGUGCAGUCACCACCACUUCUCCACCUCCAGCCACGGCCCCAUUCCCCACUUCUCCUCCCGCCGCCACCACCACCCCUGCAUUCAUCAUCCCCCCUCCUCCUCCCCUCCCCCCGUCCGUCACAGCAGCACUCAUCCUGCGACGGCCCCUGCAGGAGGAGGAGAUGGUGGAGAGGCUAGCACAGGAGAAAGCCCUGCUAGGCUUCUACGUCACACAACACCCCGUGGAGGCACUCCUCCCCUCCCUCCCCACGUGGCUCUCUCUCACGCCCCUCGCCUCCUGCGCCCACGUGGGCUUGACUAAGGCUCUGGAAGACAGUGCAGCUGCUUCUGCUUCUGCGGCGGCGAAAGGUGGCGGGAGGAGAGGGAAGGCCGGUGGUGGGAGGGGUAAGGGUGGGAAGGACGGGCCGUCGGUUGCGGUGGUGGCGAUGGUAGAGGCAGUGAAUGUGCGCAUGACUAAGAAUAGUAACAAGCAGAUGGCGAAUCUCCAGUUGGAUGAUGGGACGGGGCAGCUUGAGGCUGUGGUGUUCCCGGACGUGUUUGCCAGGUACGGGUCGAGCCUGAGCAAGGGUGCGACGGUGCUGGCGUGGUGUACUGUUGAUGUGGAGUUGGAUGAUUCGCCUGCCGCUGCUGGGAGCGGUGAUAGCAGCAGCAGCAGCAGCAGCAGCAGCAGCAAAGGAGAGGGGUCGGCAGAUGGGGCAACCGGACAGGAAUCAUUGUCAUCUUCAGCAGCAGCCGGAGCAGAAUCAGACGCAGAAGCACAGGAUGACACCUCCCCCGGACACACCCUCUCCCUGGCAACCCCCUCCCUCAACCGAGUCCAGCUGGUUGUGCAAGCCGCCGUGCCCACCAGCACAGCUCAGUUUGUGCGUAUAGACGUGACUGAGCAGGAAGCAGGAGAUCCCGAGCACGUGCACGCACUCAGGUCCACGAUUCAGCAGGUGAGGCGCGAUGCGGACAACAGGCACGAGGCGCGGGUGAUGCAGCAGGACGUGCAGAGGGAUGUGGAGCCUCAGGUGCAGCACUGGGUGCGCAAGCACAGGGCGGGUGCACCUGGUGCUGUGCCGCUGGUGUUUCGUGUGUGGCCUGACACUGAUGCCAUGCCUAGGGAGAUCGUUGCUAAGAAAGGGUCGACACCGUAUGGGGAGUGGGCGGGUGAGGGGUGGGGGGGGUCUGGCUGGGGUGGUGGGAAGCGGGAGGGAGAGGAGUUGAGGCGGGAGAGGGAGAGCAGGAAACCGAAGCAUCUUAUACGGUCAGACGAGGUAUUCUUUGUGGAGGACGCGGAGAGGGCAGUAGAGGAGCUGGGGUAUGCGGGGUACCGGGCACGGGUGGUGCCGAUUUUGUCGCAUGAGUGCCGGGAGAAGAGGAGGGAGGAGGGCCUGUGUGGGUACGAUGAGCAACUGGUGGAAUAG